UUGCAACAUGACAGAGUGUUAAGACCAGUUUGUGAAGUCUAGUGAACUAAAUAUGUGUACUUCACGUGAAAAGCCUUGAUAAUGCAGCACUUCUGCAGCAUUAGCAUGCAACUUCAACAGACAGCAUCUGGGAAAUCAAAUGGCAUGAUUCUUUCUGUCUACCUUUCAAAAGAUGCUCGCUCUCUCCCAUUUCUUAAAAAAUUGAUGCUGUCUCAGUUGCUUCCAGUGUAUAAAUAGGCAUCGCCUGAGGAGUAGAGACAUCAAACCCAAGUUUCAUCUUUCUUCCACAUCUCCCAACUCUCGAAUACUCCAAUACAAAGAUGGCUUGCCACCUAAGAUCAGUCAGUUUGCCAUCCAAGAGGCAAUCCAAUGAAGCUGAAAUCGAGGAUGAGCUGCAAAGCCUAGAGGCAAGCAUCUCUUCACCCUCCACGACCAUUGAUGGUCUGAGGAGGCUUGGAGAUGUCUACAAUCAGAUCGAGGAGAUGAUCCACUUGCCCAGCAACCAAGUUUUCUCUGCACAGCAAAGGAAAAUGUUGGAUGGGGAAAUGGAGUGCUCCCUCGAGCUGAUCGAUCUCUGCAGUGCCAUGCAAGAGAACUUCACCGAGUUGAAGACCAUCAUCCAAGAUCUGCACGCGGCUCUCAGAAGAGGAGACAGUGCAAGCAUUCAGGUCAAGAUCCAAUCUUUCACCCGCUUGGCCAAGAAGGCGCAGAAGCAAUGCAAGAAGAUGAGCAAGAAGACUACUUCUGACAAGGAGGACUGCAAGCUGAUCAAGCUAUUGAUCAAGGCUAGAGUGCUCACCGUCUCUCUACUCGAGUCGACAUCGUGCCACCUAUCACAGCAACUAGUGGUUCCCAAGAUGUUUCUUGUCUCUAAGGCAUUCCAAAAGAAGAGAUCAGUUGUUUGUGAGGAGGAGCAAUUGCAGGCAUUAGAGUGCAUCAUUGGAGAUCUUGAGAAUGGAGCCGAACUUCUGUUCAGGAGAAUGAUCCAGAGCAGAGUAGCGCUCCUAAACACUCUUAGCUCAUAGAUUCUCCUAAAGUGAAGACACUCUAACACCCUGUGAUUGGCCUCCGCCUUUUAAAGGAUCUGCCAAUCUUUGUACAUCUGUAAAUGUAUAGAACAAAAAGAGCAAUUGAAAACAGCAGUUUUGAUCUA